AGCGCUGUCCAUGUAUAUACUCCGGAAAAGAAAUCAUUAGUUUGAGAAAUGGGUGCUGUCUCCUGAAAGGGGUACAAGAGAAUAGCUUUAAGGAUCAUGGCGACGUGAAAUGUAAUUACGCACUCUACAAGGCUAGCGGGGUGUAACCAUGGAUAGCAAAACCAACAACAGUUUCCCCAGUAUUGGUGAUUUAGAUGAGUACCUCAACAAACGCAACUCCAACUUUGUGUGGCUUCUCGUGGCCACUAUUAUGUCCUGCGGAUGGAUCAUAUACUUGACAUACUACAAUUCACGCAAUAUCGGACUCAUCCUCACCGUCAUCAUUAACAGACUCAAUAAGAAUGGUUACAUUCACAUUGGUUCAUUUUCAUUCUCCGUGCUCUCCGGCAAGGUCAUGUUCAGAGAUGUCUAUUACAUUAAUGAAGACAUGUCUAUCAGAAUUCAAGAUGGUUUGCUCAUAUUUCGAUGGUGGAAAAUGUAUAACCCCAAGCAGAAACUACAUGACCCGAAGGCCGAGACGCGACUCUAUGUGACUGUUAACGGCUUUGAGUUCCAUGUUUAUAAUCGCACGGACUUGUACACCCGGCUCCAGGAAAUAUUUGGCCUGGAGCCCACCCUUAUCCCACCCCACCGUGAUGAGGAGAAAGGUCAAGAGCAAAGAGAUGCAACCAUGGAGAGUGUUCACAUCAAAGCUGAAACUCAGGACGCAUCAUCGUCAUGGAGGUCUCUCAUCCCUGUCAUCAAAGUCAACAUCAGCACAGGUCGUGUAGCGUUCGGUAAUCACCAUCUUCCUCAGACCCUUUGCAUGAAUUUUGAUGAUGCCUUCCUGACGUAUGCCACCAAACCACCCAGCAGCCACCUGGAUCAGUUCAUGCACAUCGUGAAGGGCUCUCUGGAGAACGUCCGUGUCAUGUUGGUACCAAGCCCUCGAUACCUGGGCCUUCAGAAUGACGAGCCUCCCAGGCUCAUGGGGGAGGGCUUUGUGGUCAUGCAGUCAAAUGAUGUGGACAUUUACUACUACCAGGAUGAACCAGGUUUGGUCCCAGAGGAGCUUGAGAAUGGAGAGACAGAGGCCUGUUCUGAAGACACCAAGCUUCAGGACUUGCCUCCCUGCUGGGGUUUGGACAUUGUGUGUGGCAAAGGAACAGAUUUUAACUACGGUCCAUGGGCUGACAGACAGAGAGACAGCCUAUGGAAGUUUUUUCUACCUGCAGACUAUCAGCCAAUGAAAGUGAGCGACGUUCCCACACCAGGCAAACCACGACAGAUCCUUGCCUUUGAGCUGCGUAUGAACAUAAUAGCUGAUGCUACCAUAGACCUGCUAUUCACCAAGAACAGGGAAACAAAUGCAGUCCAUGUAAAUGUAGGAGCAGGUUCUUACCUGGAGGUCAACAUACCCAUGGCUGUUGGCGAAAAUGGUUAUUCUCCUACAGUUAAAGGUCAGUUAUUACAUGUGGAUACGACCAGCAGUAUGCAGUACAGGACACUUCUGGAGGCAGAGAUGCUGGCUUUCCAUGUAAUCGCUAGUUAUCCACGUGUCUGGAACAUGCCCCAGUCCUGGCAGUGUGAAAUCGAGGUGUACAAAGCCACGUAUCACUUCAUCUAUGCACAGAAGAACUUCUUCACAGAUCUAAUCCAGGACUGGGCGAGUGAUAGUGAACCAGACAUCUACUCAUUCGUUCCAUAUUCAUGGAAGUUUAAGAUCCUCUUUCACCAGUUUGAGAUGAUCUGGGCUGGCAAUCAGCACAACUGGAUCGACUGUUCCACCAAACAGCAGGAGAACGUAUAUCUCGGUGCCUGUGGGGAAACGCUGAAUAUUGACUUCACUUUGCCAUUUCACGAUUUUGUCCCGACCACCUGUAACACACGAUUCUGUCUUAAAGCUGAAGACACAGACAUGCGCUUGUGUCUACCCGACUGUCACCCUAGCCGGUACCCACUGCUCACCCUCACGAAAGAUUACCAGCACUGCAAGAGCCCACCAGACGGCAACGUGCCACCAGAAGCACAAGGAGCUCCUUCCAAAAACAGCAAACCUCGCUGGAGGAACAUGACUCAAUCUGAGGCUGGCUGGGUGGACUGCUGGAGUGUGCCAAACUUCAUGUUGAUUAUAGACUACACCUGGCAUCCCAUCUACCCUCAGAAAUCUGACCAGCAGCUCAAACAGUCAUUGUCAGAAAUCGAGGAAUCCAUGUUAUCAGCACUGCGACUUCCAGAACUUGUUCCACCUACACCCCUUCCUCCUCCUCCUCCUCCUAGAGUUUCCUCAGACCCCAGCCUGCUGCCCCCAGACCGAUUACAUGUGGAGAUGGAGCUGAGCCCAGACUCUCACAUCACACUCUAUGGUCCUCUCCUCAGAGCGCUGAUGUCCAUCAAGGAAAAUUAUUUUGGGGAGGACGACAUGUACACAGACUUUGAGGAGUCUCUGUCCACCCCUGUGCUGAGCUCCUGUUCCUCAGCGUCUGGCUGGACCGGGGUGGGCUUAGAAGAUAAGGACCGUAAAGACACACCCCACCCUCUCUCCCUACGCCCCUGGGACAUCACCGUACUCAUCAACUUGCACAAGGUUCACGGACGACUUCCGACGCACCACAGUAGUGAUGGCCCAGAGGGUCCCACCGGCUUCCUGGAGCGUCUGUGUUUUGAGAUGAAAAAAGGCUAUAAAGAGACCAUGUUACAGCUCGUUCUCUCGCCUAUGCAUGUGUUUGUCAGUGACAACUAUCAGCGGCCUACGGUCGACGCUGUGUUGCGAGACGGGCAUCUGAGCCUCUCGGGGUUGCAGAUGAGAGCCCACGCCAUGUUCUCGGCAGAGGGUCUACCGGGGGGCAGUGACACGCUUGAAUAUGCUUGGCUCAUUGAUGUCCAGGCCGGAGCUCUUACGGGAAGAGUUACUGUGCCACAGUGUGCCUCCCUUCUGGAAUGGGGCGAGAGCUUUGUUUUCCAUGUGCUGUCGCGAGAUUUCCAGCUAGAUCAGCCAAAACCUACUGUCACCUGCCAACACGGAGUUGAUCGUAGAGUCUGUGAUGCCAAGUUUGCAGGCCUGCCUGGACCCUGUCGGACGUCAGAGGAUCUAAAGUACACCAUGACUCGAUUGACGGCGGAUGGAGCCCAGGUUUUCAUCGUUGAACAUGGAUGUGCUGCCAACAUUAUGACUGGAGCGUUGCGGUUGGCCACGUGUAACCUGCACACAGCUGCGGUCGGUGAAGGUAUCAGUGCCGUUCUGCAGGAUGUUGUGAUCGCUCAGUUCAUUGAGCAACAGGAAGUAGUCAGGCUCGGCCUGCCUCCUCCCCUCCUUCGGCGCUCUCAUUGGCUGGAAGCCGGUUCUGUGACCUUUAACCUCAUCACUGCUGAUGUCGCAUUGGCUGCUGACCAUCCAGCCAAAUAUGAGGUCCAGAGGCAAUUCCUGGAGCUUCAUGAUAUGAAAACUAAGAGACUUUGGUUCCUUUGGCCAGAAGAGAAAUACAAGAGAAGCCGUAACCGUUGUGGGUGUCUUGGCGGUUGUCGCUUUUUCGGUGGCUCAGUUGGGGGCCUGGACUUCUUCCGCCUGGAGGAAAUCACGCCCUCAUCAAGCUCCGCCUUUUCCGGCAUUAGCGCUGAGAGUGACAUGUCCUAUGGCCAGUCAUUAUUGCAUCCAGGAGAAUGGAUUGUCACUAAGGAAACUCCUAAAAUCUCUGACGGUAAGGGUGUUGGAAUUCGGAGAGACACAUGUUCUCCUGCUCCAGUGCUGGACAUGGAGAAACGUGGCCAGCACCUCAGUCUGCGCGUACCUCAGCGGUCUCAUAGCUCUGCCUCCUCGUCAGAGGAAAACUCAACCUCCAGUGCUGCCCUGCCUCUAUUGGCUGGAGAGCGAGAGUCUCCCUCCCCUUCUCCAGAAUUAGUGAACGUAACCACAGACGGUCCUGUCCCUGAUGGUCCAACUUUACGUUCUCCGCUCCGUUCUCCUCUCAAACGCAAGGCCUCCAUCCAAUCGGCUCGCCUUGGCAGCACCAAGAGCCUAUCAGCUGCCGUCUUCGUAGAGAAAGCCGCGCCUCCUGCUGGUGUGCAGUUUAGCAGCGAGGUUUCCCGCAGCGAUGAAAACGUUCUGGACUCGCCCAGGCAGAGAAGAAGCUACGGAUCUUUCCCCUUCACUCCGUCAGCUGACUCUAGCACGUUCCAUCAGUAUCGUUCAGUUGAUUCCUCCAUGUCCGUAGCCGACAGCGAAGCUUACUUUAGCGCCAAUGAGGAGUUCGAACCAAUCAGCAGCGAUGAAGGGCCAGGCACUUAUCCGGGGAGGAAACGCAGGCGGAGACAACAGGGUCAACCCCACACGGAACGUAGCCGGACUUCUAUAUACCAUAGCGUGGAGGGACCUCUGUCAAUCGCUGAGACCCGCCCACCUCAAUUGCCUAGCCACACCUCCCAAGCCUCAUUUGUCUCAGCGCUCGGAUUAGAGGAGGAGGGUUCUAUUGAAACAGAGAAGGUGGAGCCUGGACUUCUGACAACACAGCCACAUUUAAUGGCUUGUUACCAAAAUUAUCUCGCGCAUUAUCACGUGUCGAACUGGGGUGUUAAGCAGCCAACCAAUAAGAGAACAUCUAAGUCAUCAUUGCAUCGUCCACUUGACCUUGACACACCCACGAGUGAGGAAAGCUCUGUCACGUUUGACCAGUUGUCCGUCCCUUCUUUUAAGAUGGUGAAGGCGGGUUUGUCUGCCAGCUCUCUACUGGACAGAGGAGUACAGCUCAGGGCAGAUAUAAACAGCACACCUUACAAACCCCUGGACAAGCGGGCGAUGGAAACCACGGAUGAAGACACAGUGAUGGAAGACUGGACCGUCGAUCAGCCUCUUGCCCAGACGAGAACCACAGCCAUCGUAGAAGUCAAAGGGGCAGUCGAUGUGGUCCUGACUCCUUUAGUAGCUGAAGCUUUAGACAGGUACAUAGAGUCCAUGGUUCAUUUUGCCAGUGUUCGCCACCCAGCAUCAAUCCUGGACGACCUGCAUGGGAAAGUGCUGAAUGAAGUGUAUCAGAUCAGCAAAUCCACUGUCUCUGAGCCUAGUGCAGCAAAAUCAGAGCGCAAAAUAUCCAAGACUGAAGCCACCCCCGGCUCACUGGGCAUGCCUCAUGGACAAACUGACCUGUCAGUCAAACCUGACAACGUGAAGAUAAAGGGUUUGCAGGCUAAUGUCACCAUCCCGAAGGUGAAUCUGUGUGUGCUUCAAGCAUCAGUAGAAGAAGGUUCACCCUCAAAUAAGAGUGUCACACAUGUCUCUCUCGUGGCCUUGUGCUUUGACCGGAUUGCAACUCAGCUGCGCAUGAAUAGAGGUAUAGUGGAGGACACAGAGAAACCAUCUGCUAUGAUGGAGAAGUUCUCAUCUGCCUCUAAAAUGGCUCCCCAGUCCAGCGGUUCUCUCCGUUCUAAUGCUGGCAUAGAGAAAGGCAAAGAGAUUGCAGCCAGACUCAACAUUCACCGCAUACACAGUCAACUACGCGGCCUUGACUUUUCAGAUCUUGGUGCUUGUGCCAUCACUGCCAUUCCAUUUGAAAAGUCCAAGGUUCUCUUCAGUUUAGAGGAAACUGAUGACUUUGUUUUGGUGGACGAAACCGAGCCUUCCAUCUCCACUGAGCGUGUGCCAGAACACACCCCAGACUUUUCUCGCUCUGUGGCCAGUGCUGAGAAAUGGGGAUGGAUUAUGUUUGAAUGUGGGAUUGAGAACCUCACUGUCAAAGGUGGGCGGCAGUCAGGGGCAGUGCUCUACAGUGCGUUUGGGGUGAUGGGUGGGGUUGACAGUGGCGUUAAGGAUGGAGUCUCUAAAUCGAAUGGUUCUAGUGGUUCUCAGACAGGAAGUGGCUAUAGCACUGACGUCUCUGACGACAAUCUGCCCAAUGAUGCCCAAAGCCCCGCCUCCGAACCCAACAACUCUGACUCUGAUGAACAGGAUGAGGGGGUGGAGUCUGAUGACCUCAAAAAGGACCUGCCUCUGUUGCCUCCGCCUCCUGACUCCAGCAGUAUGAAACUGACUAUAAAGGAAAUCUGGUUCAGUUUUGCUGCCCCAACCAACAUUCGCUCUCACGCUCCGGCUAUGUCUAGGCAGCUGAAUCUCCUGAGCACUGCCACCCCUGCCGUUGGUGCAUGGCUGGUACCCAUUGACCAGCUGAAAUCCUCCCUGGAGAAACUGGACAUGGAGUCCACGCUGCGUGUUUGUGCAGUCAUGGGCUGCAUAAUGACCGAGGCCCUCGAGAAAAAGAGCAUUCAUAUUCCGUUUCGGAGCAAGUACAACCGUGUUACAAAGCGAGCCAGAUAUCUUCACGAGAACCCGUCCUGUCUGCUGUGUAAUAUUCUGCACCGCUAUCUGCAGCAGGCCGAUUAUAGCGUCAUCGAAGAAGCCACCAUGAAUGAUGGACUUCCUGCUCUGGUGACCCUGAGAAAAGGUUUGGUGGCACUUGCUCGUCAGUGGAUGAAAUUCAUCGUGGUCACUCAGGGAUUUAAGGCGGUCGGUCUGCCACGACCCAAUCAGAUUCCUAAGCCCAAAGAGCCAGAGCCCAUUGAGCCCAUUGAGCCCGAGCCGACACAGGAGCCCGACUGUGGCGCUGCCCUGCAGAGCGACACCAGCGCUGAUGGAGCAGAGUUUGAAUUUGAUGCGGGUACAGUAAGUGAACACACCAUGCUGUUAGAAGGAGUAUGUAGCCGUCCCGCUCCUGCAGGAAACUGUGCACCUGUGACUGGUGCUGAGAUCAUGAGAAAACUGUCUAAAUCGCACACACACAGCGAGUCGGCUCUUCGGAUUAAGGGUUCCCACCCUUACCAGUCCCUGAGCUACACAAGUGGAGAUACAGCAGCCGAUUCGCCCGCACAUGUCUGCCGGACAGGGCUGCAGUCCAAUCACAGUCCUCGCAAGGAAUCGUUGCUUAGCUACUUAACAGGGAGCAUUCACAGUCUGCACAAUUUGCUAGACGCCACACCACUUCGAGUGAGCGAACAAACGGCAGCGAAGAGCAGCUCCCUCACACGCACAGGAAACAGUGUUGGUACAGACAUGCUGACGGAGCACCCUUUACUCUCUGAGCCCUUUUCAGUCAGCUUCUACAACUGGAUGUCCAACGCUGUCGGCAACCGCACUGUCAACAACGUUCAAGACUCUCCCCUCAAUCGCUCCCAACACAACAGCCUGCAGACUGGAGGAGUGCUUCCCACAAUUCCUUCCGCAUCUGAUUUUAACACCGUACUGUCGAGUGAUCAGAACACGCUGGACACGCACUCUCAACACACACACUCCCAGCACAGCUCAAGCCAGGAUGACCUGCUUGAGCCGGAUGAGAUGAACCUCUGCCCUGCAGCCGUGCAGCUGGCCGACGCGCAGGUGGUGUUUAAGCCAUUGUUGAGUUACAUCGGUAUUCAGCCCCAGGAUGCCCCUCCUCUCAGUUAUAAGAUGUAUUUUGGAGAGCAUCUGUCUUUCAGCGGCACUCUUGAGUGUUUGAGAGCCGACAUCGUCGACUCUGACACCAGCAAAGAGAGAAGGAACAAACUCAGGCAAAGCAUAUUGAAUCUUCCCCCGCUUGAUUUCAAACCCGCUUUGAUGAUCGAGACGUUCAGCCUGAAUGCCGUCAUCCUGGAAAAGUGCAUGUCCACCCCUCCCUCCGCCAGCGCGCUGUCUUUCCACGAGCUGAGCCGUCGACCGCAGGCCAGCGUUCACUGCCAUUUCACCCUCGCCUGUCAGGCCAUCCGUCAACACGUGGAUAUGGCCCUGGUCCGCCUCAUCCAUCAAUUCAGCACCAUGAUCGAUGACAUCAAAGCCACACAGACCGACAUCAAACUCAACCGCUACACGGCCGGCUCCUCGUCCCCCACGCCCACCAAGGCGAGGCCGUACCGCGAAUUCCGCUCGUCCGAUUUUAGCCGCAGCUCUCGUGGGAGUCUGAAUGGAGCCUCUCGGUUGGGUACCCAGAAGAGCAAGCGGACCGGUGUGGGCCCGGGGCUCGACACGCUGGCCAGGAAUCGAGAGCCUCGUGGGCGGGGCACGCUGGGACGGUCGGAGCGGAGGACGUCGAAAGUGUCACGCAAAGGUUCACGGGACGUGGCGGAUCACAUGACCAUUCAGAUGGACGACUCGGACUCCAUCACGGUGUCAGAACAGAGCGAGCCGUCGGCCGAGUGCUGGCAGAAUAUGUACAAGCUGUUGAAUUUCUACUCGCUCAUAUCGGAUCCCACAGGCAUCCUGGAAAAGAAUCAGGAAAAUGCGCUCUCAGAAGGUGGGCGGAGCCCUGCAGAUCCUCCAUGUCGGUUGGUGUUUGAAUCUGAAGGUGAGACGCCGCCCAGUCGCAUGGGACGUAGGCGGAGCUUGGUAAGCUCUGAGCCGCAGCACGUCACACUGAUCGUGUUCGGUGUUGGCAUGGUCAACCGCACGCACUUGGAAGCUGACAUUGGAGGACUGACCAUGGAGGCGGAGCUUAAGAAAAUACAUGGCAGUUUUACUCUAAAAGAGAAAAUGAAAGAUAUACUCCAUCAGAAGAUGACGGAAACGUGCGCCUCGGCUCACAUCGGCUGUGUGAACAUUGUGCUUCUGGAAGGAGUCACACCAGACAUACAACUUGAGGAUUUUCCAACCUCACCUACCAGCACAACCAAGCAGGAGUUCCUGACGGUGGUGAAGUGUAACAUCGCGAAGUCCCAGGCUUUAUAUAGCGCUCAGCGUGGGCUGAAGACCAACAACGCUGCUGUAUUUAAAGUGGGCGCCAUCUUCAUCAACAUCCCACAACACCCCGCAACCCUGCACAGCAUGAUGGUCCGAAGCUCCCACCAGCUCUCAAAACAAAUAUCAGACCUUAUUCGGCAGCCGUCCAACAUCCCACCUCCCAACCGAGUGGACACGCCCACUCCUCAGCCCCCGGAAGUGAGUGUCAAUCAAACUCCGGUGGAGGCCACUGAGUUUCCUCAGCUCCCUGAAGGGCUGGAAAAGAAACCAAUCGUGUUGAAGUUCAGCGCUAUGCUGGAUGGGAUCACUAUUGGCGCAGCUCUGUUGCCCUCUCUUAAAGCUGAAUACAAGAUGGGCCGAAUGAAGAGUCAUGGCAUGACAGGUGCUCAAACACGUUUCACUUUUGAGCUGCCCAAUCAUAAGCUCUGUUUCCAGUCAAAAGUUUCUCCCGUGGAUGUGUCAGCCAUGCCCCCCACAGCCAGCCUGACGCUACCUCCCAUCACAAUGUCAGGACAAUACAUCAUACAGGAGCACGAAGGCCACAGCGACACAGCCUGGGCUCCUGGAUACAACAGCUACCUGCAGGGAAACUACCUGCGAUGUGUAGCCGAGAUUGGCUCUUUCGAACACAACUUGACCACAGAUUUGCUCAACCACCUGGUCUUCCUGCAGAAGGUCUUCAUGAAGGAGGUCAAUGAGGUCAUCCAAAAAGUGUCAGGAGUUGAACAGCCGAUCCCUCUUUGGAAUGAACACGAUGUGUCAGCAGAUGGAGACAAACCUAAAAUCCUCCUGUAUUCUAUUAACCUGACAUUUAAGGGGAUUCAAAUGACAGCCACCACACCCUCCAUGAGGGCGGUGCGCUUUGAGACGGGUUGCAUUGAGCUCGAACUGUCCAAUCGGGUUCAAUGUAAGACCACUCCCACAGGAAGUAAUUACUUGAAGCUGUUUGGCAAGUGUCAGGUGGAUCUCAACCUUGCUUUGGGCCAAAUCGUCAAACAUCAGGUGUAUGAGGAGGCCGGGUCAGAUUUCCACCAGGUGGCGUACUUCCGCACACGAAUCGGCUUGCGUAACGCUCUACAGGAAGAGAUCAGCGGCUGCACUGACAAAGAGGCGGUCCUGAUUACUCUCAACCGUCCAAUUGUUUUUGCCCAGCCAGUGGCUUUUGACCGAGCUGUGCUGUUCUGGUUGAAUUAUAAGGCUGCCUAUGAUAACUGGAAGGAACAACGCUUGGCUCUUAACUCAGACAUUCAUAUGGCCACCAAAGAGGUGGUGGAUAAACUUCCAGCCAUACAGCAGACCAGCGUCCAGGCCUUCAGUACUCUCUUCCUCCAGCUCACUGUCAAUGACCUGGGCAUCUGUCUGCCAAUUACCAGCGCCACACCGGUCAAUCACAGUAUAGAUGUGGACAAUGGUUCGGCACUGGUGCUGACCAUUGAGAGCACAUUGAUAACAGCCUGCUCCUCUGAGUCUCUGGUUAGCAAAGGCCACUUUAAGAACUUCUGCAUUCGAUUUGCUGAAGGCUUUGAGACAACUUGGGAUGACUGGAAACCAGAGAUUAGAGGCGACCUUGUUAUGAAUGCCUGUGUCGUGCCUGAUGGGACUUAUGAAGUUUGCUCUAGAACAACAGGCCAGGCCUCAUCAGAUAGCAGUAGCGCAGGGACAUGGACCCUGAACGUUCUGUGGAAGAUGUGUGGUAUUGAUGUGCACAUGGACCCCAACAUCGGCAAGCGUCUGAACGCUUUGGGUAACACGCUCACUUCUCUGACGGGUGAGGAGGACACUGAUGACAUCACAGACCUUAACUCUGUCAACAUGGUUGACCUGUCAGACGAGGAUGAGAGUGACGGCAUGUCUCCCCCCAUUCACAUGUGUGCUGAAGGUGAACUCAGUCCCAGACUGUCAUUCAGGAAGCGGCUGAUGAAAAGCAUUCUGGGCUUUAGCCUCAGCUCCCCACCCCCCUCACCUUCUGAGUCUCGUAGUAUUUCUCCAUCAUCCGCAAUCACUCGGCUAAAGUCGAGAAGUGUUCGCCUGUCAUCCACUGCCAGUGCAGAACGAACUAGACAUCCCAGGCCCUUAUCCUGGGGCUGUGAGUCUGUGGACCUGCGCAGACAGGCAGUCAUGAGCAACCAGAUAAUCGAUGCUCGUGGACGAAAAUUUUCCAAGCGCCUGGUGGACAUAAGAGAGCUCAAUGAACAGGCAAAAGUCAUAGAUGAUCUCAAGAAACUGGGAGCAAGUGAAGGCACUAUAAACCAGGAAAUCCAGCGUUAUCAGCAGUUGGAAUCUGUUGCCGUCAAUGAUAUCCGAAGGGACGUGCGCAAAAAACUACGGCGCUCAAGCAUGCGGGCGGCGUCGCUGAAGGAUAAGUGGGGUUUAGGGUAUAAGCCCAGCUACAGUAACAGCAGGUCCAAAAGCAUCUCAACAACAGGCAGACCAGCAAUGAAGAGAACCGACAGACCCAGGGAUGACCUGCCAGACAUCAAAGUAGAUGUAGCAUCUCCAGCACCACGGGUCACCUUCAACAUCGACACGACGGGUAGUGUGGCUUUGGACACCCCAAGUCCAGCUGACUCUGUAUUUAAGUUCCCGGAGGAGACAGAGAUGGACCUGUUGUCUGUCACCACUGAUGAUCCUGCCCAUUACCCAUCAUGCUCAGUGUUCAGUGCUCCUGGCACACCCGCAGUCUUCUCACCAAGCGUUCCCUUCCAGCCUGACGACAGUCGCCGUGAAGACCUGUCCUCAACUUCCUCAGAAGAUUCGGAUAAGGACGAUGAGUUUGACAGACACAGACCGCAAAGCUACUUCCGCAGACCAGGGGGCUCUCAGAGGAAAGCAACAGGAUUGACCGCGUUGUUCAGUGAGCGUUGGCCGGCCACGUCCCCUCAGCGUGGAGGAUUAGCUCCGCCCAGUGAACGGAACAUUGACUUUGAGUUGGACGUCCGUGUUGAGAUCGACAGCGGCAAGUGUGUGCUGCACCCCAGCACCCAGCCGACUGAACAUGAAGAUCUUGCGCUGAGGAGGAGUUGUGAACGGAGCUCCAGGAGUCUGGACCAGGACUCUCCUCCUAAGAAACGGAAGCUGCAGCCAGGUUUUGCCUCCAGCUCUCAUUUGCUAAAUGCAAAGAGAUUUCCCACAUCGCUGCAGAGCAAGACCAGUGACAUCGAGACCACUGUCUUUUACAUUCCUGGAGUGGAUGUUAAGCUUCACUACAACUCUAAGAUGCUGAAAACAGAAUCUCCCAACGCGUCACGCGGCUCCUCACUUCCCAGAACCCUGUCGAAAGAAUCCAAGCUGUAUGGUAUGAGUGAUGCACCAGCACCGCCAGCCACAGGCCCUGGCAAGACUAACCCACUCCUCUGCCCCCAUCCCCCUCCUCUCCCCUCAGCUAAAGGUAAGGCAGGUGUAGGGGUGAAGACGGCUAAACUGUAUGCGUGGGUAGCCCUGCAAACACUGCCAGAGGAAAUGGUCAUCAGUCCAUGUCUGCUGGACUUCCUUGAGAAAGCCCUCGAGACCAUUCCCAUCACGCCGGUGGACAGAAACUACACCACUCUGAAUGUUCCUGAGGAGGAUGUAGGUCACUUUGAUUCUGUGGAACCUCUGGAGGAGUCUCAGGUGUCUCUUGUGUCCUCUGCUACAUCUCCAUACUCCUCUUUCCCUGUGGAUGUGGUGGUAUAUGUCAGGGUGCAGCCAUCCCAGAUUCGAUUCAGCUGUCUGCCUAUGUCUCGAGUCGAGUGCAUGCUGAAACUUCCCUCUCUAGAACUGGUCUUCUCGUCCAAUAGGGGUGAGCUUGAGCCCACUAGCUCCGCCCAUCCGGCUGACGGCCAGCACACACCCUCCUCUACACCUCCAUCAGUACACAAUGCCAACAGAGUGCCUGGAAGCAAAGGCCCAUCCACAGGGUUAGGCAGUCCCCUAGGGCGGAGUCGACACCACAGCAGCCAAUCAGAUCUAACAGGCCCGCCCAUUAACUCAUCGGGUCUGAGUUUCACUGCCUGUAUGUCAGAUUUCUCUCUUUAUGUGUUCCACCCGUACGGAGCUGGCAAACAAAAAUCUGCAGUCACUGGUCUCCCACCUGGACCAGGACCACUGGGAUCGGUUGAGGACGAGGCCUCCUCAGUCACAGGCAGGAAAGACUCUCUCUCCAUUAACUUAGAGUUUGUCAAAGUCAGUCUGUCCAGAAUGAGAAGGGCAGGAUGUCCAGCAUUUAUCGAUACCUUACUUGCCGGUAAGGGUGGGAAGAUGGACACAACUCUUAUCAAUAUCUCAGCUGUGUGUGAUAUCGGUUCCGCUUCCUUUAAGUACGACAUGAGACGUCUCAGUGAGAUUCUUGCGUUCCCACGAGCUUGGUACCGUCGGAGCAUUGCCAGGAGAUUGUUUCUAGGAGACCAGACCAUUAACCUACCAGCAUCAGGUCCUGCCACACCAGACUCCGUGGAGAGCAUUGCCCAGCACCUUUCUCCUGAGUCUAGCCGUAAAGCGUACUGGAGAACAUGGGACGGCCAGACCACUCAGCAUCCCUCCUCCUCAGUCUUCAGUGAUGCCACAGCAAGCCACGCCCACCUUAAAUCUCCAGCCACAGGACGUUCCCGCAGCGUGUCAGACUCCUCAGCGCCGCGUAGAGAUUCGGUCAUCAAGACCUCGACCCCAUCAUUCCGGAAUGGAAAAGCAGCGGCACAGCUGGGGUCACCGUGGGAGACGCUGGUUGUAUUUGCCAUCAACCUUAAACAGCUUAACGUCCAGAUGAACAUGAGCAACGUGAUGGGCAACAAUACUUGGACAACGAGUGGAUUGAAGAGUCAGGGCCGUCUGUCAGUUGGCAGUAACCGAGAUCGGGAGAUCAGCAUGUCUAUUGGACUCGGUCGAUCCAAACUGGAUUCCAAAGGAGGUGUGGUGGGUGGCAACAUUGAUGUCAACACUCUGGAGAUGGUCUCCCAUAUUUCAGAGCAUCCAAAUCAGCAGCCCAGCCACAAGAUCCAGAUCACCAUGGGCUCCACAGAGGCUCGGCUGGACUAUAUGGGCUCCAGCAUAUUGAUGGGCAUCUUUAGCAAUGCUGACCUCCAGCUUCAAGAUGAGUGGAAGGUGAACCUCUGCACCACUGAGGCCAAUCUAUCUGAGAAAAGUGAGAUCUUUGUGCACGGAGACCUGCAGUGGGACAUAUUCCAGGUGAUCAUCUCCCGAUCCACCACUCCUGAUCUGAUAAAGAUCGGCAUGAAGCUGCAGGAGUUCUUCACGCAGCAGUUUGACACCAGCAAGCGGGCACUGUCCACCUGGGGUCCGGUGCCCUAUGUGCCUCCCAAGACCCCCGUCAUCAACACAGACAAAGGAGCCGAACUCUAUAUGGAUGCAGCUCAUCACAGGCAUUGGCCCAAUGUGUUGAAGAUGGUGGCGGGAUGUCACAUCUCCCUCUUCCAGAUGCCUCUCCCGGAGGAUGCUGUGCAACUGGGCGGCUCUAUGAGUCUCCAUGGCAACCACAUGACACUGGCUUGUUUCCAUGGCCCCAACUUCCGUUCCAAAUCCUGGGUGCUGUUCCACCUCGAAGAGCCCAACAUCGCCUUCUGGACUGAAGCACAGAAGAUCUGGGAGGAUGGUUUUGGUUGUGUAGGUUCCAGUGAUGAAUCAACGUACAUUGUUCAGACCCUUGACUUUCACCUGGGUCAUAACACCAUGGUAACCAAGCCUUGCGGUGCGCUGGAGAGUCCCAUGGCGACCAUCACUAAGGUUACCCGCCGGCGACACGAAAACCCACCGCACGGGGUGGCCACAGUCAAAGAAUGGUUCAACUACGUCACUGCCAUGAGAACAGAAGAGCUGAACCUGCUACGGAACGUGGAUGGGAAUAAUUCAGAAAGCGGAGCAGCGGCGAAGAGCUCCAGUCUUCUGAGUGGCUUCAGAGGCUCCUCCAGCUACAACCACGAAACCGAGACCAUCUUUGCCCUUCCCAAAAUGCAACUCCAGUUCAAAUCCAUCCAUGUACAGGAUCCAGAGGAACCUUCUCUCAGUGAUGCCGGCAGUAAACCCAAAGUGGAGUGCAGCGUGGUGACCGAGUUCACUGAUCACAUCUGUGUUACCAUGGAUGCAGAGCUCAUCAUGUUUCUGCAUGACCUGGUGUCAGCAUACCUGAAAGAGAAAGAGAGCGCUCUGUUCGCCCCGCGCCUCUUUGCAUCUCGACCCGGUCAGAAGAGCCCGACAGCACAGCAGUACGAGACCUCAUCAGAGAAGAAAGAGAAGGAAGAGGGUGUAAACUACACCACAGUGGACUGGAGAGAGUUUCUGUGUAAUACAUGGCAUCUGGAGCCCACACUACGGCUGAUCUCAUGGACGGGCCGUAAGAUUGAUCCCGUAGGAGUGGACUAUAUCCUGCAAAAACUGGGAUUUCAUCACGCCAGGACCACCAUUCCCAAGUGGCUGCAAAGAGGAGUGAUGGACCCUCUGGAUAAAGUUCUGUCUGUUCUCAUCAAGAAACUUGGCACAGCGCUGCAGGACGAGAAAGAGAAGAGAGGUCAAAGAGACAAAGACGAGCAUUAACUCACACUUCAGUGUAUUAACACAUUUCCGCUUUCUGGAGCCAUCUUUGUGAAUUUCUUUUUUAUACUCUGUCAAAAGCACUGGAUUUAUUGCGACUACUGUACAACAAACACACAUCACAGUCACUGCUAUACUGUGUGAACAUUGUUUGCUCAUAUGGCCAUAGCUCUUGAAUUGACUGAAAGUGUUUUAUCGGGAGUGUUUUGAUUUCCAGACAGGGUUGAAUGAUUGCUGCUGAAUGCCGUUUUGGGGCUUUUUAACACACAUUAAAUGCACUUACACUAACAUAAUACCAGUGAUCUUAAGCUACAGUAUGCAGGUUUUGCUCUUGGCAUCAGUUUACAGGAUUUGAAAGUAGCGAGUAUCAAAGCACCCUGUGUUUUUUUUCCCUGAGGUGAAUUACUGCUGAAUGUUGCCAAUCAGAGUUUUUACAUAGUUUUAUUUAAUAUUUUAAGAUCAAAUGAUACAGGUACUCCUCUGGAGGUCAAGUGUUGAACGUUGUAAAGUUAACUAGAAGUGUACAUUUUCUUAAACUUUUACUUUGAGAGUGACCAAAUUUUCUGAACACAUUUUGGGAGAUGAUUAUAAAGGUAUGGCACAUAUAAUCUAUACCUGUGGAUGAAAUCACAACCCCAGAAUGUGCAGUGUAAUGUGAACUAGCCUAUACAGCAAGACUCUUUAACUUAAAUAGACAAAAGAUGUGUAAAUAUCUUCAAUGCGUAAGCUGUUACCCAUGUUAGGCCUGUGGUGAUAGUGUCAUUUUCUUAUCUUUUUUUUGCUGUAUAUACAAUAGACCAUUGUAUACAGAGGUAAAUAUGUUCAAUGUGCUGAUUUCUUAACUGAAUAAAAUCAUUACUACUAAAAGAAAUGAUUACAGGUGACUUUGAACUUUUAC